AUGGCUCCUGAUUGCCGGGACAAGGUGCCCUCAGCAGACGUCAAGCUGGCAGCCGUAGCAGGAAAGAAGGGAAAGAAGGCUGAGGAGGAGGAGCAGCCUGCAGGACCUGCAGCAGCACCAGCACCACCUGCUGCAGCAGCACCACCACCACCACCAGCUACAGCAGCAGCAGCAGCAGCAGAGGAGGAGGAAGAGGAGGAGGAGUAUGUGGUGGAAAAGGUUUUGGACCGUCGAGUGGUGAAGGGAAAAGUGGAGUUUCUGCUGAAAUGGAAGGGGUUCUCAGACGAGGAUAACACUUGGGAACCGGAAGAGAACCUGGACUGCCCGGACCUUAUCGCAGAGUAUAUGCAGAAACACAAAGAGAAGGAGGAGAAGAAGAAGGAGGGCAAGAGGAAAGCCACCAAUGAAACCUCGGGAGACUCUGAGGAACGAGGGACCAAGAGGAAGAAGGAAGAGGUGAGCAAAGCAGAGAUGCUGCUCCAGACUAAAGAAUCCCAGGGAGAGAAGGCCAGAGGGUUUGGCAGAGGUCUGCAGCCAGAGAGGAUUAUUGGAGCGACGGACUCCAGUGGAGAGCUGAUGUUCCUCAUGAAGUGGAAGAACUCCGAUGAAGCCGACCUCGUCCCAGCCAAGGAGGCAAAUGUCAAAUGUCCCCAGGUGGUCAUCUCUUUCUAUGAGGAGCGCCUCACCUGGCAUUCUUACCCCACAGAGGAGGAAGAGAAGAAAGAAGAGGAGAAAAAAGACUAGAUGAGUGGAGGAGGCGGCGGUGCAAAGAGGAAAAGAAAGGAAGUGUGGAAGUGCAGGGCGGGAAAUCAACUUUAUGCUGGUGAACUGUUGUCCAGGUAAUUGAUUCUAGCAGCCACUUUGGCAGAGAAAGUGGAGAAAAUCCCAGAUUGUAAGUGUUGAAGUGGAGAGUGGUACGGCCAUACAGUUGUGAUAAAAAGACAACUUUUAAAUGCGUGAAUAGAAAAAAACAAACACCAGGUUUGGUAAAUGUGAUGUUUUACAAGAUCCGGUGCAUUACGAUAUCGCAGUUAACAAAAAGGAUAACUCUUGGGGGAAAUCUACACAUGGCAUUGUGGACAGAUCAACCACAGUUGAACAACAUACGUCUGGGUACAGACAUCGACAAAGUGUACUGUGCCAAAAUCUGAAGACAUCAAAUGCUGCCAUUUAAAAAUAGACACUCCAUAAACUCAAACGAUCCGUGAACUGCCAACGUAGCUGAUAGAGGAAAGAAGUUUGUUUUCCUGCCCUGAAAGGAGACGGGCGUCCUUUCCUCAAAAGAUGCUCCCACCUGUAUCUCGACCGAAAAUGUCCAUUUUUGUAAAGAGGUAUGUUGACACUUAGUCUCUUAUUUUAAUGGUAUUUCCCUCACCAAGAACUUGUCACUUGAUGGGAAUUGGUGCCUUUGCUCUGCUAGUAUUUCUCCUUGGCCUCACAAGCCAAAUAUUGAACCGAAUAAAGUUAAAUCACUAUAAAAGUGUUUGUCUCCUGCAUUUGGUGACAGGUGCAUGGUGUUGGAAAUACAGAAACACACUUCAAGAUGUCAAGCUACCUCUUAAACACGUGCAUCCAUGUGAGAAGCAAGCUGAAUGUUUGGAUGUGGCUGUCAAGUUUGCCUCUGCUGCCAGUCACCGGUGCACAUUUAGAAGUCCUGGUUCGAUCAGUGUUUUGGCUGAUGAGAUGGUGAAAGCUGAUGAAUUGUGGCAGCUCAGAGUACAAAUUUCCCCUCUUGCUGUGUCAAGAUAUAUUGGCGGGAUCUUCUUUUGGAACUGAAUGAAGUGGAGCGAGGUCUUAUGGAGGAGUGAAAGAAUGGACAGAAACCAUUCGUCUCUUUCAGUGUCUGUUCUCUUUGUGCCACCUGGGUUCUCGUUCCUGCUGAUGCAACACUGUUCUUCAAUUGAAACUCUCAAAUGCCAAGUGGCGCCUGUAUGUUUCACUCUGACAUGGACAGACUGACAAAGAGGGGCUACAGUCUACAUGAAUAGAUCAGCAGUCGUUGGCUUUGGCCUUACAUGUCCUACCAGCCAAUGUGGCAACCGGCCAGCCAGUGCUCAGAUGUCCCGCGGUUCUCUGCGAAAACAUCUGUUUUUUGGUCAUAAAAGCUGAUGCUUGUCAGUUAUUCCGGCCAUGGAUGAUACUGCUGCCCAAAGCCUGUACUUUGCUUUCUUUUCAUUUUUUUUUAAAUAAAACAAAACCUGUAGCUUUUCUGUGAUUGUGAAACUGUCCAUCUGCAAUAUUUCAUGUGACCCAAUCAUAUGCAUUCUAUAUAUUAAGGUAUAAGAGUGCUGCACUCUCCUAAUAUAGGGCCCCAUGAUUUCCACAGUGCAGAAAAUAUGGACAGAAUUUAAUUAAAAAAACUGAAUCAAACAUCCAAAUUCCAAACAUUGAAAAUUGUAUAUAAAAAAAAUGCCAAUAGUGCCAAUGAUGCAAUUUUCAGUAUGGUCUUGAACACACUUGCAUGGAACAAUUGAGUUCUAUAAAUUCACCUAUUUCCACUGUUUGACCAGGGACACAGUAUUUAGUUGGAAGGCAAGUAAUGACCUGACCUGUGAUUGAGCUACUUCUUAAUGGGGGUGAGGGUGGUUGGUUAUUGCCAAAGUGGCUGGUACAGUGUAGCAGCAAAAAUCUGCAUCUAGCCAGAUUGUACAUUUCCACACUGCUAGAGUGACGACGCACUGAGCGACUUCACGUGAAGAUUUGCAUGGUUGUCAUGUAGCAGUUAGUGAGCUGGUUGAGACUCAGCACCAAAGAGUGGCAGUACAAGAACUCCUGCCAGAGGAAGCUCAGAUGCCCUUUCACCUGUGGACUAGAGGGCCAAAGUGUCGGGGACCAACUGAUGGUAAUUCAGAUCCUAAAAGUAGAAUGAACACUGUGCAAGGCUGAGAAUCCGCAGGUUUAAACACUCAGCUCAGCUAUGUGAUGAUUAGUUGGAAUGAAAUCCUGCAGGCUCUUGGCCUUUCUCCGCAGUCUGCCUGAUGUUAACCGACCAGAGCACCGCUGUCCAGAUAAAGUUUAUUUUUUUUUAAUGCUUCUGGAAAUCUGAUACAGGCUUUUAUAAAAGCAGCUGGAGUUAAUGUCUUCUUGUCAAUUAUCCUCAUUGUUUAUGGCAUCAAAUUGCAGGAGCAGGUAAAACAAGCAUGCUUUACUAUACUGAGCUGCUGCAAGAAACUUUUCUCAUGAUCAUCAAACAUGUCUCCCUAGGAAAGAGAGGCACCCCCUCUAACUUGUUGGCCUUGGUGUAAACACGCCCCACUGUGAACCAAAAGUUGUCAAGUAGUGAAUUAAUGCCAGGAUCAGACUACACGAUUUUUUUUUGACUUUGACGAUGGUCAGAUCUAACGAUCAUAGUGCCAUAAAAAUUUUUGCCGUGUCUUGGUCAGGUGAGUGGCAAGACUACACGUAUGACCCCGACCAAUCACAGCACGUCUAUUUCACAAGUUCAGAUGUCAUCGGGGAGGCAGGUGAAGCAGCUGUCAAACUGACAGAAGCGUCAUGUGUGAUACAAAAUCAUCUCAAAAUCAAGCUAGAUUCAUGUAGUCUGAUCCUGGCAUAACAGGUGUUGGACAAGAGAACCAACAGUGUGGGAACUGACCUGCCAUAUGUCAGCAUAUUGCCGCCUGUAGUUUGUAUAUUCAUCUACUCCUCCAGCUGUGUUGGCAUGAAAGCAACCAACAAGCUGGUUUGGCUGAUGGUGAAAGUGCCGCUUCGGCUGGUAGGUGGAGGUUUCCCGAUGAGACUCUGUCUCUCAGUAGAUACACGCUCCACAAAACUCAACUGGGUUUCACUACCAAUGGAGGAGAUGAUUGAAAGUAUGUUUAAAAUCAUCUUAAGUUCACUCCCUUGUUUUAAACUUCACAUACACAUUCAGCCACAUGUGUUUUGUAGAUUGUAUUACUUUAGCGUGCACCGGCCGGGCAACAUUCAAGACGUGAUGAUUGAGCACAUUUAAGAGUAUUUCUUGGUUCCUCUUGCUUGCAGACCGUCCUAUGUCCAACACGUAUUUUGUUAGUUGCAUAAAACAGGAUAGAAUUUUUGAAUUCAGCAUGAUCAACAUUACCGCUUCAUAUGGGUUGUCUCUCUGAUGUUUUCCCAAUGUUUUCCAUGUUUUAUGUGUUGAAUGUAGCUCGGCUGUGCUUAUUUCUAUGUAUACUGUAUUGAAGCUAGCAUAUUAGCGUCCUUUGUUAGCAGACCCGGGUUAACUAGUUCGAAUCCCCCUUUUUUUCUUAACGGUUUCCUUUGGAGUUUCACUGCUGGAGAUUUAUGGAAGAACUGACCCUUGAAGAGAAAACUGAAUUCUGAAAGUUAUUGUUGUGUGACUGCAUGAAUUUCCAGCGGACGCUGUUUUCCUGCUUCACCUCGUACUGCCUCGCAUCACAACCCUUGAAUCUGCAGCUGUUUUUACAGUUUUACUUUUUCUUACAGAAUGAUCAUUUUAAUGAGCCCUAACCUUUAGUGAAAUGCUAUGGAAGACUCAACCAGUUUAGCACUAUAAACAUUAGUGCUAUUUUUAAAACAAGUGACCGCAGGCUGUGUAAGCAUAUUAAAAUCCUCACCGGAGUAAUUCUUACAUAAAGACCAGACGAUUACUUUGAUAUGGAUUUUGUUUUGUAUGUAUAGUUUCUCCCAUUUGAAGUCAAACCUCUGACUUUGAAACAGCUGCUGUUACUACUGUAUGUUAGCAUCUAUAUGCUGGGUCGAAGCCUCGUCUUUCUCAUUUAUUCUUGUUACAUCAGUAUUACGAGUUCAAUGUUCUGCAUUCUGCCUUCUGUUAUACCUCACAGGAGGAGAUUGAAUUGGCUGCACCCGGGUCUGCUAGUUAGCUUUCCUAUCUUGUCUUUGAAACUUUUCUCUGUAUUUAGUGGAUUAGCUUGUGUUGUCCUGUUGCAUGUUUAUUGGUUUCCCUUGCAAUCGUCACUGUUACGGCUGAUCUACUUUUGUGUGUGUUGGACAAUAAAGGUUUCUUGUUUUCGUAA